ACCACACCAAAACUGGCGAUUGACAACAGUUCGGGUGCUUUCGAAGCCGUAAAGUUUAGCUCCGUUGACAACGCGACUUUGACAACGACUGGAUUCGACCUGUGGGGCACGUUGCUUGUGUGGGUGAGCGAUUCGGGAGAGAUCACAGCGAAAUGGUAUGCCGACCCUGUCGAUGACCAGAAUAGCACUUGGGCUCUCAAAUGGAACACCGACAACAGCCUGAGCGACUCGGCCGUGCCGGUUGUACUGAAGAGCUUGGCGCCGCCAGAUACGAGAAAGGCCAGGCGAUGA